GUUGACGUGUUGAACGGAUGACCAACGAUGAAUCGAUGACGGCUUGCGGGUGGCCGAAACCGUGUCGGUACAUUAUUUAACACAGGUCUAAAGAGUAGCCCAGCCUGGCUUCUGACGAGGACCGACCCCCUAGCCGGUGUUGCCAGGUCUUACUUUCACUGCCAUGAUUCACACUCCUUUCUUUGCUAUCCCCCUGUAAAUUCGGUCUGAAUUUCUCUGAAAUUCCUUACCCGGUUCCGCGUCAGAAGAACAAUUCAAUCGACCCUAUCACGCAUCAUCUUCUCUCUUUUAGGCCUAAUUUUUCUGUCCUUUCACUCCCAACAGUUUAGUCCCUUCACGACUGCAGGUCUUGCUUAACGAAUUUGCGAAUUCGGGGGAGCCUGGGGCCAACCUCUAUGUCCUCGUCUAGUGCUGCAACGGCGUCCAGCACCGCGUUUCUUACUGAUCCCACCACCCCUGCAUUCUCAGACGACCUUGAAUGGAUCACGGCAUAUCUUACCAUUCAUUCCCUUAGUGUCCCCAGUCGACGCUAUUCCUUUCUCAUCUGGAUUGUUGUAGUUUUCUUUUUUCUUGCCUUUGCCAUCCUUCACUGGACAGGUUCAAGGGGUGGUUUUCUCGGAGCCCACUGGACAAAAUGGACUCUCCGUCGACGCACUUGGAGAAAAAAGCAUAACGUAGCACUUGCUCUCAAAAGGAAUGAUCCUCACCGCCAACCUAAUUCUUUGCCUUCCAAUGCCCAACUUCUUUGCUUGGCAUUGCUCUUGGGAGGAUCCUUAGCCCUUGCCUUUGUCGGUCCAGACUAUAUUUCGCCGACUCUCAAAGUGUGGCAAGUUCGCCGAGACAUUGUCUUCGUGGAGCCCCAGCGUCGUAGUCUUAUUCCGAACAUCGCUCCCUAUUUGCCACUUCAACCACAAUAUACCAUCAAUAAAGCAUGGUGGACUUCAUCAGCACGCGUAGGGCAAAUCGCGUUCGCUCUCUUUCCUCUUUGCGUGCUUUUCGCCCUCAAAGCACCCCCUUUCGCAAUCUUCGCAAUCCCUUUCAUGAUACAGUUCUUCUUCGACAAACUCGCAUGGCUUCAUCGAUGGACAGGAAGGCUAAUAUGGUUUCUUACAUCAAUUCAUAUUGCGCUCUGGAGCGUCCAGCUCGUUCGAGAUCACAAACCCAGUACUGGUCGUGUCGCAUAUGUGUACGCUUUCUCCUACAUGCCAUUCGUCUUUGGCUGGAUCGCGUUUGCAUUGUUGACAUUAAUAAUUGCUCUGUCCGUGAACCCCAUUCGGAGAAACUUCUAUGAAGCCUUCUAUUUCUUGCAUAUUUUGCUUGUCCCGCUCAUGCUCGCCUCUGCCGCAUUUCAUCAUCCUGCACUCUGGUGGUGGUGUUGGGGUGCUCUCGCAAUUUGGGCUGGUGAACGCCUCUGGCGCUGGACUUGGUGGUUUGCCACCAAUGCCCCCAUUCUAGGUAGCAGCUCGUCACGACCAGCGAUGUCUAAGCGUUCACACUCUGCAAUAACUCGUGCUGACACGCUCGAGAUGGAACAUCUUCGCCGUCAGUCGCUGCAUGCACGCGAUGAUUCGCAAUCCUUCCGGUCAUCUAGCCCUUUAAACCCAUAUUAUCAGUCCGACAAACAAACAGCUAGUCCAUAUUCAUCAUCACCGCCCACUCGUCAUUUGCCCGCAGGGUCGCUCGAGCUGGAUACUGCUAGGUCCACAAUACAAUAUCCUCCCUCGUACAUUCCCCCUCCAGGGUAUGCUCACGCUGAGCUACUCUCCGGGCAUACAGUGCGGUUGCGUUUGAUAACUCCCGGAUUUCUACCGUGGGCUCCGGGUCAACAUUUCCUCAUUAAAAUCCCUAGCGUCUCGCGAUUCACCACUCAUCCUUUCACCUGUGCCUCUGUAUGUGAUUACGAGUCACCCACAGAUGAGGGUCGCUUGAUCGUUAUACUCAUUCGUACAAGAAAUGGCUGGACGCAGGACUUAUGGGAUGUAGUAUCACGCGUGACCGCUGAGCGGUCACAUGGUGACAUUCCAUCUUCUGCCGCAGAAAAUCUUCCUAAGCAUGGUGUCCUGUUGAGAACAUAUGUGGACGGACCUUUUGGGAGCUCGAUUCGCGCCCGUUGGGGAAACUACUCGACAGUGCUGAUCAUUGCUGGUGGCUCAGGAGUGAGCUACGGUUUGUCCGUGCUGCAGUACAUCUGUAUGUGCCUUUCUGGCCGGGACGGGAAGAAUCUGGGUGGCCGUCCUGGAGGCUGGGGGAAAAAAUCAUUCAAGACUCGACGAGUGCGCUUCGUAUGGCUUGUCCGCGAAUAUUCUCACAUACAGUGGUGUGCUUCUAUUCUUUGCCGCUGUCUUUCCUUGGUACCAUCGUCUGCAUUGCAGAUCGAUAUCUAUAUUACCAACUUUAAACCCAUUGCCCUCAAGGAAUCCGACCUGCCUCCUUUGCAAGUUCCUCAACGGCCACUCUUUACGUCCGACCUUGUUCAUCUCGAGGACCUGCAGCCUCCUCACCCAUCCUUUGCACGCGGCGGUCAAUCAUUCCUCCGCUCUGAUUCCAACGACUCCAUCGAGAAUUCCGAGAGCGAUGUUGAUAUGAGCUACUACACUGGGGAACCUGGGGACCCGAUGCUACCAGAGGAUAUUGGCUUGGCGCACGAAUCUCAUAUACUCGAGUUGACCAACUUCGAUGGUGAUGAUGACACCGCCAUGCCAGGGGAACACAAGCUGUCUCUCAAGGUGAAGAAGGAAGGCAAGUUGCGACGAGCUCAAUCGCGGAAGAUUGCUGCAAAGGAGUUGGAAGAGAGAACGGUGCGGUUGCUAGACCCUACCAGUCGCCCUAGCAGCAUGCAACUCGCUGCGAACAGAGUGUCUGCUAUAUCUGCCACCUCAGGGCGCUCUACGGACAGACUGCUCCCGCUAUCUACCAAUUUGGACAAGAGGUGGUCUGAGAUCUCAACGGACACAUUCGCUUCUCCGACCUCUAUGUACGGCGAUUUGCCCACACGCGGUCGGCAGUCAACGUACCCUGAGCCCACCUUCUCUCCUAGUGGUCGUCCUUCUCCAAUGGGUCGUGCAGGGGCGUCGACUUCUAUGUACUCCACCGGUAGCUGGGAAGGCAAAUCAGAUGCUGGCAGUUCCCGUGGUUUGUUAUCAUCCUCCGCACCUGAUGGCUCGCUCGACCCGAAUCAGUUUGAUAUCAGUGAGGAAGAAGCACGGGAUAUCAAUGUUGUUGCAGAGCAUGCACGACCUGGUAAACCCAAGCUUGACAGGAUCCUUGCAGAUGAAGUCGAGCAGUCGGAAGGGUCCGUGAUGGUUGCUUGCUGCGGUCCAACGUCACUCAAUGCGAUGGUGCGCAAAAUCAUUGCCGCGCAGAUUGACCCUGGGCGGGUGAGGCGAGGCGAUAUGCGCGGGUCGAUAUCACUUGUUUCCGAGGAAUUUGAGUAUUGACGAUUCAUUUCAUUGCACUCUUCAUCGAAACAUUUCACCGCACUUUUCAUCGAACUUGAAUAUUGACAAUUCAUCGUGACAUUUCAUCGUACUCUUCAUCGAACCAUAUUUUUAUUACCACCUAUCGUACAUUUUUCCCCGUAUAUUUUGCA